AUGUUUACUCUCCCCGAACUCGAGCUUCGACUGCGCCCGUUCCGGCAUUCCGACCUCGAUAACCUCUACAAACAAGAGGUCGACAUAGAAGUAGCUCCCCUGAUGACGAAGCGCUUUAUCACCCCACGCAGCGAGAAGUUCAAAGAUGAAUUGAGAGACGAAGCGGAGAAGGAGACAGAGAUGUUUUGCAUCAUCGAGACGAUUCCACGAGAGGCAGCGCCCGAGUUCGUCGGCGCGACGGCCCUCUGGAAACGAGGAGAAGCGGGCAUGCGGCACACUGCUUUCUUGAUCGUCCUGGAGAAGAAGUUCUGGAACAAGGGUUACGGCAAACAUAUAACGAAGUUCAUGGUCGACUACGCGUUUCGCCAUCUGAACAUGCAUCGGAUAUCCCUGGAGGUGUUCGAGGGGAAUCACGGUCUAUCGGAAGUGGUGAGUAUCCUCUGA